CCACGCCCAAUCAACCUCCAGUCAGGUGCUCUACCAGCUGAGCUAUCUGGCCAUCAGUGAUCGAACCCAUUGGACUGCUACAUGUACAUUCCUCCCCCCUUAAAGCUGUAUGACCCGAUGUUCAUGUAUUAUUUUUGUACAUAAUUACUUUAAAGCAGAUUAAUUACUUUAUAAAGUUAUUAACUUUCCCUUAAUUACAUGCUUGAAACCAUCUGCAUGUAAAAGAAAACAGUGCGAAUAUUAUUUAGAAAGUAAAUAUAGUGGGUACAUAUAUAAAUCAUCCCAUAAUAGACGUCUAUAAAUAGACCCACGCGCGUCAGGGGAAUCCAAACAUGUAUUAACUCAUAUGCAACUGUCUAGUUUUAAGGCUGAAAGAGCGUAAAACAACAAAUUACUAAGAGGUAUUUGAUAUUUUUAUUUCUAUCAAACUUAUGGUACGGUACUGUUAUAACAAAAUACACAGCUUUACACAGAUAAGACCACCGAUGAUCUGAAAGUUUGAACUGGUCACGUGACUGUCACUUGAAAUGGCAGAGUGACGCAGUUAUUUGUAAACAUCGAUUUAAAAUCAAAUAAUUUGGGUUAAAACAGCUGAAAUAAUUUAUGAUAUGUCGUACAGCCUCAUAACUACAUACGUGCGAUGAUUUAAUAGCGUUUUUACGAGAUCUUUAUCCACUGGCAGGCAUUUUCACCUGUCAGUUCCAGGAGUUGGUCUAAGGCACCAAAUGUAUUAAGCGGAAGGGAGAAAAUUCAACGGACCAGUCAUGGAUUCAAACCUGGGCUCCCUUUAUCUCCAGUCAGGGAACAGAAGAUCACAAAUGGCCUCAGAACUGGAAAUGAUUGCUGCACAAUUUGGGGCACUGACUGUUCACACAAAUUCUGAAAGUUGUAGAAUUGUGUUAUCAAAGGUCAUGAAGCUGCAGAUGAAUGGAGCCGACUGCGCCAAGCUUUUGCCGGGAAUGUUAAAACUCUUGGCUCACCCAGAUCUAGCCACAAAGAAGGCAGUUUACAAUUUCACGGCCUUAUACGCCAACAAGAACCCUGAUUUAUCACUGCUCGCUGUGAACACUUUAAUGCAGGAAUGCUCAGACAGUAACCCAGUUAUCAGAGGGCUGGCCCUGAAGACCUUGUCUUCUCUAAAUCACGAGUCGUUUGUAGAGUACUGUCUGCGAGGAAUUAACAUCGGCCUAACAGAUAAGAGUGUUUAUGUCCGGAGAGUAGCAGCAUGCUGCUGUGCGAGGCUCUACCAGCAGAACGUGGACUUGUACAAUGACGGAAGACUUGUAAACCAGUUGUACACCAUGCUCAGGGACUCGGAUCCCAUUGUCGUUGUGAAUUCUGUGAUGGCUCUGGAGGAGAUUCUUAGCAGGGAGGGAGGAAUCGUAAUCAACAGGAACAUUGCUAACCACAUUCUAAACAACCUCAAGGACAUGACCUUGUGGGGUCAGUGCUACAUCCUAAACGUUCUGCAAAAGUACAAACCCAAGACGCAGGACGAGUUGUUCAACAUGCUGAAUAUCCUGGACACAUUCCUUGUCAGUAAUCACUUAGCUGUGGCCACAGCUUGUCUACAGCUAUUUCUAAGUCUCAUCUCAUCUCUGCCUCACCUUCGACCACAGGUUUUCAAAAGAUACAUCAAAAACAUCAUGGAGGCCAUUCCACAAGAAAAUGCAGAGCUAGUGUUUCAUAUCUUGGAUUAUCUGAAUUCUAGCAGGGAUGAAAUCAAGGCCGAGCUGCUACCACAUUAUGUCAUUUUCUUCUGUAAGGAAAGUGAUCCACUUUACCUGAAAAAACUCAAACUAACCGUAUUACCACAUCUUACUACAAAAAACAAUGCCAAAGAAAUUCUAGGAGAAGUAUUUCUUCAUGCUUCUGACACAGCGAAGGAGGUUUCGCUCCACGCUCUACAAGCAAUCACUGUAAUAUGUAAAUCCAAUUCAACCACUGCACCGCUUGUUCUUAGUAAACUGAAACAACUGAUUGAUUCUGAUGCACCACACAUAUUAUCCAAUAUAUUUCAGGUUCUAAGAAAUUUGGACUUGAAUACAGUUGACGGUGGAUUGGACAUUGUUAUAAAAAUAGCCUCCAAGCAUCAGAGACUGGCUGACAGCGGGGGGCGAUCAGCUUUCCUAGAUCUACUAUCACAGUAUGGGAAUUUGUUAGAGGAUAGCCCAUACAUUCUCGAGGAGUAUGUAGAAAACUUCCCCAACGAGUCAGAUGUUGUUAUAAAGUAUGAGAUUUUAAUGACCUGUGUACGCGUGUUUUUCCACCACCCUGCGGCAAUGCAAGGAAUUCUGGGACAAAUUCUGGAAUUGUGUUUGCAGGAUACUGACAUAUGUAUCCAAAGUGGGGCUCGGUUUUACUACAGACUUCUCAGUAAUGAUGUUCAACACGCAAAAAUGAUUACCACAACUACGGCAGUAAAUUAAUGUCUCAUUCUCCAUGCACUGCACGAACAUACAUUUUGCAUGUAUUCAUAUUAUAAUACAUAUUGUUCAGUCAUUUGAUAUGUAUUCUUCAUAUUAUUCAGUCAUUUGAAGUAUUUCAAAAUAAAUGCAAGUUAAGAGGUGAA